CGUGAAUGAUUUUUCUAAAAUAAAAAAACAAUCCACUAUCAACAAUUUUCUUGAUUCCCAUCAUUCAACUCGUUAAUUCAAGUCAUCUAACCGAUCCCGCACCAUGGCUUUAGUGCCAAUCAAAUCUUCAAAUGCCACAUUUAAGAUCCUGAGCGUUGUAGUGAACUAGCAUUUGGAAGGACAAAAUCGGUUACGCCUUGGAUGAAUCCAGCCAGUUAAAUUCGCAAUAGGCUGACAGAAAUCUUCAGAUUUCUAGACACGCCCUCUAAAAGAAGCAUAUUCACGUGAGUGUAUAAUAAAUCUUCAAUGAAAUUGACACUCAUUGGAAUCGUGACAGUUUCCGGAGUAUACUUGCUCAGCAUGUGUGUGUUCGCAGCGAUUUUGUCGGACGUAGAUGGAAACUACGGAUCGUUCAAGGGAGUGAAGGUUCGAGAUCUUUUGAAACCAGGAUUCGAAAUUGAAAAUUCGAAGCUGUGCUCGCCGUCAAAUUCAUCCAUUCAUUUACUACUGGUCGUCAUGAGUGCACCUCAAAACUUCUUACGCAGGAAGGCAAUUCGAGAAACCUGGGCAUCAGGAGCCACAGACCAAGUAAAAGUCGCAUUUCUCACAGGAAAAGCAGAAGACCCCGUCGUCGAUUUUCAGCUGCAACAAGAACAUCGCAUACAUCAAGACAUAAUCAAAGUAAACUUCCUCGACGUAUACACAUCAUUAUCUCUCAAAUCAGCCUCAAUGCUUAACUGGGUCCACACUUUUUGCAAAAACGCGCAGUUUGCGAUAAAGGUCGACGAGGACAUGAUGGUGAAUGUCAAAAGAAUGUCAAGUUACUUCCAAGCUCAGGAAAAUGCUUCCAAAACAAUUUAUUGUCGAGUGAAGCCGGCAGGAAACAAGGUUAUCAGAGACCGCAAAUCAAAAUACUUCGUACCCUCAUCCAUGUACCCCAACGAUGUGUACCCAGAAUACUGCGCAGGGCCAGCAUACGCAAUCACUUCCGACGCGAUAACCGAGCUUUGGCAUCAAGUGAUGGACGAGCAAUUCGUCUGGAUGGAGGACUUCCUCAUCACGGGCCUGGCGGCAGGGAACCUUGGGCUUCGACUCGUCGAUAACGACGACUUCGUUGCCCAAAGCCCAAAGAACCCGAGGCGGGAAGAGGUCCUGAAUUACUUGCGUUUCAGAGAAGCAAUUCGUGAAACUUGGGCAACGCAGGCAAAUGGGUCAGGAGUGGCAUACGCAUUUCUCAUCGGAAAUCCAAAUGACGAAUACUUGAAUGAAAAAUUAUCGAAGGAACAUCAGAGAAACGAGGAUCUUAUACAAAGCAACUCGUACGACUCGUACGAAACUUUGACAAUCAAAUCGCUUACUCUCCUCCAAUGGGUCAGCACAUUCUGCAAACACGCACAAUUCGUUUUGAAAGUUGACGACGAUGUGAUGGUCAACAUUCAAAACAUCUUGGAUUUUCUGAGAGGACAUGCAACCGCCACAAGAAUGAUCUUCUGCACUGUGCGACCAAUGGGUCAGCCCGUCAUUAGAGAUCCGACUUCAAAGUACAACAUGCCGAAAUGGAUGUUUCCAGAGGAUAAGUUGCCAGCGUAUUGUCGCGGAGGCGCAUACGUAUUAACAGCCGACUCGAUAUCGCCUCUUUGGCACCAAGUCCGCCAAGAACAAUUCAUUCUGCUCGAGGAUCUUCUCGUCACAGGAAUCGCGGCUCCAAAAUGCGGCAUUCAAAAGAAGCACAACUUGAACUUUGUCCCUCCAAAGUCCAAAGACGCCGGAAGAAAAGAGAUUGAGGGUUUCUUUUCGUAUUAUGCUCAAAGUCCGGAGAAUAUGAAGCUUUUGUGGAAAGUGGUAACUCGCGAUGAUGCACUGGAUUGA